GCAAAGCAGACCGAGCUGGACGUUGCGAAAUGCCUGAGCCAGCGAAGUCGGCGCCGGCCCCGAAGAAGGGCUCCAAGAAGGCGGUGACCAAGGCGCAGAAGAAGGACGGCAAGAAGCGCAAGCGCAGCCGCAAGGAGAGCUACUCGGUGUACGUGUACAAGGUGCUCAAGCAGGUGCACCCCGACACGGGCAUCUCGUCCAAGGCCAUGGGCAUCAUGAACUCGUUCGUCAACGACAUCUUCGAGCGCAUCGCGGGCGAGGCGUCGCGCCUGGCGCACUACAACAAGCGCUCGACCAUCACGUCGCGGGAGAUCCAGACGGCCGUCCGCCUGCUGCUGCCCGGGGAGCUGGCCAAGCACGCCGUGUCCGAGGGCACCAAGGCCGUCACCAAGUACACCAGCGCCAAGUAAAUUUUCAAGAGCACACUCACCCUAAAACAAAAACCUAAAAAAAAACAAGUCCCUCUCUGUAGGAAACAUGCACGGGGUGGGGCCGGAGCUGACUUACAGGACUCAGAACACGGCAGCCGAGGAGUCCGGCAGCGCACCUGUCUCAGCACACACCGUCGGGGGUGAGCUUGCCAAUUUUUCCCCCUUGUUUCUUUCCCUUCUUCAUGUUUUAAAUGAAGUCAAUAAAACCAAGAAAGCCAUGGGACUCGGGAGACUGAA